UGGUCUAAACAUGUGUUCAUAGAUUUUUAUCUGGAACACCUCUAAAAGCAAUCAGAAAUGGAGAUUAUUGCUGGAACAUACGAGGAACUUACGCUUGGAUUUUCCCUCCAGAAGAUAGAUGAGGGCUAUGCACUAAACCCGAGCUUCACUGACCAUUCUCAUGUUGGAUGUGUUCGUGCUGCAGCAGUAUCUUCAAAAGGUGUCUUAGCUACAGGCAGCAGCGAUGAAACUAUCAAGUUGUUCCAUUUGGAGAAGAGGCAGGAACUUGGGGCAUUAUUGCACCAUGAAGGUUCCAUCACAGAUUUGACAUUCUUUGGUGGGACCCACAUGUUCAGCGGUAGUACAGACGGAACUGUGGGCGUGUGGAAGACAAAUCGUUGGGAAUGCAUUAAGACAUUCAAAGGACACAAAGGUGCUGUUAAUUCUGUGGCUGUUCAUCCCACUGGGAAGUUGGCAAUGACUGUUGGUGCUGACAAGACUCUGCGCUUGUGGAAUCUUAUCACAGGAAAAUCUGCUUUUGUUACAAAUAUCAAAAAAGUUACAGCUCCAGACUUGGUGAGGUGGUGUCCAGAUGGAAGCAAAUACUUGGUAGUCACCAGGAAUCAAGUCGAUGUGUACAGUGUUGAUACGGCGAAAGUAAUUGACACCAUAGCAUAUGAAGGGACUGUUCACUGUUUGCUAUUUCUGAAGACCGGAGUACUUUUGGCUGGGCUUGAAGAUGGCAAAAUUGCUGUCCACGAUCUUGAUAGGAAAGAAAAAAUUGGAGAAUUUACAGCACAUUCGUUAAGAGUUAAGGGGAUCACCACCAUCCACUGCAAGGCCGAGGACAAAGAUUUCUUGGUGUCUGUCUCCAGUGAUGGAUUUGUUAAAGUAUGGGACCUGGCACAAGAAAAGGAUUCUGUGGAUGCCACACUCAUUGCCGAGAAGAACACGACGUUUAGAUUGGUGUGUGUAGCUGCAUGGUCACCUGCUCCUAAACCUGAAAUUGACAAUAGCACAUCAAGUAAAAAAGCAAGUGUAGAAAAGGAGACGAGUGUCAAACAUGCCAGUGAGGAAAAUGACAGCAGUGAUACAGAAUCAAAGCCUAAGAAGCGUAAGAGGAAGAAACAGAAGGUGAAUAUGCCACCUCCAGAAGUACAGCCUGUAGAAAAGAUGCAAUCUCCUGUAUUGAGAAAGGAAAAGAAACAGAAAAAGCAGACGUCAGCUUCAGAAACAACACAGAAAAAGCAUACGAUACCCUCGGAAACAACAAAAUCACCAAAGCUCAAACAGCAAAAGAAACUUAAAAAGAAAAAGGGGAAAACUUGAUCUGAUUUUUCUGUAUGUGUCUUCAGUUUUAUAAAGUGUUGAAAUCUUACAA